AUGAACAACUUCCUUCUCUUCCCUCUCUUGGUUUUGGCCUUGGUAGGCAGCACCACCUCCUCGCCGGUAAAGAACAAGGUAGCGAUUUACGAGCUCACGAGAGGUGAGUUCGUUGUCAAGGUCACCAAUUGGGGUGCGACUAUUGUCUCGGUCAUUCUCCCCGACUCCAAAGGGAAGCUAGACGAUAUCGUUCUCGGGUAUGAUGGAAUCGGCCCUUACAUAAACGACACGACUUAUUUCGGUGCAUUGAUAGGCCGAGUUGCUAAUAGGAUUGCAAAUGCCACAUUCACUCUAAAUGACAAGAAGUAUCAUUUGUAUCGUAACAAUGGCAAUAAUUCACUCCACGGUGGGCAUAGAGGAUUUAGUCGAGUUAUUUGGACCGUAAAAGAGAAAGUAGAUGGGGAAUUUCCGUACAUCACAUUUUAUUAUCGAAGCUUCGAUGGAGAAGAAGGAUUUCCCGGUGACGUGGACGUUUUCGUGACGUAUAAAAUCGACUACGACUUCACACUCAACGUCCUCAUGCGGGCCGUCCCCCGCACCAAGCCCACGCCCAUCAACCUGGCUCAGCACUCGUACUGGAACCUCGCCGGCUCCGGCAACGUCCUCCGCCACCGGAUCCGCCUCCUCGCCGACCGCAUCACCCCCGUCGACGCCGACCUCAUCCCCACCGGGGUAAUCGCCCCAGUCUCCGGCACCGUCUUCGACUUCCGCGACACCGCCGAGCUCGGCCCCCGCAUUCGCAGACUCCCCGGUGGGUUCGACAUCAACUACGUCCUCUCCGGGGAGGCGGACGGGCAGGGCGUGCGGCGGGCGGCGGCGGUGUCGGACCGCCGGUCGGGCCGGGUCCUGGAGCUGUGGACCGACCAGCCCGGUCUGCAGUUCUAUACGGGCAACUUUCUGAAGGCGGAGACGGGAAAAGCAGGGCGGGUGUAUGGGAUCCACGCCGGUCUAUGCUUGGAGUCGCAGGGAUUUCCUGAUGCGGUCAAUCAUCCAAAUUUCCCCUCGCAGAUUUAUGAACCGGGCCAAGUUUACAAGCACUACAUGCUCUUCAAGUUCUCCUUCAUUAAGUAA